UACAGGCUUUGCUAUUAUGCUUUACAGUUUGCAGAAGCUUUCAAAGGAAAUUAAGAGAAUGGAUUCCACACAUAUACUUAUCCUUCCCAUGCCAUUCCAAGGCCAUAUUAUGCCUCUCAUGGAGAUGGCCUACCACCUCAUCGAUGCCGGCUUCACGGUCACCUUUGUCAACACCGACUUCAAUCACCGCCGUCUUCUUUCCGCCGCCCCCGACGGCGGCGCUGCCUUCUCCAACACUAACAGCCGCCUCCGCCUCCUUGGAAUCUCAGAUGGGAUGGGCUCGGACGAAGACCGAAAGGAUGUGGGGCUAUCUUGUAAACUCUUGCCUUCAGGGAUGUCUCCAGGUCUUGAGUCCAUCUUAAGAGCCGCCGCUGCAGAAGGCCGACCAAUACAGUGGAUUUUAGCUGACUUCAACAUGGCCUGGGCGUUUGCUUUAGCCAACCAAAUGGGCCUGCGCGCUGCCGCUUUCUGCCCCCCGUCAGCCGCCAUGAUAGCUAUAGUGCUCAACGUUUCCAAAAUGAUUGAAAUUGGGCUUCUCACUGAAGAUGGAUCACAGAAUAAGGAUGAGAUGUUCCAGCUAGCCGACGGCAUCCCGACGCUUCGCACGAGUCAGCUGGCAUGGAACAUGAUCGGAAACUCGGCUGACAAAUCAGCUGUGUUCUCCUUUGUUAUGAUUAACAUUCGCGCUCUCACCGACCACGCCGAGUUCAUCAUCUGCAACACAUUCAUGGAUCUUGAGCCUCAAGCCAUAUCUCUCCUUCCUUCCGCCAUUCCCAUCGGCCCCCUUUUUCCAGCCGACCACCACCCCAUCGGCCACCUCUGGCCGCCAGCAAAUUCAUCCACCAUUAUGGACUGGCUUGACGCCCACUCGCCGGGCUCUGUACUCUACAUCGCCUUCGGAAGCCAUGCUAUUUUUGAUCAAGCACAAGUUGAUGAGUUGGCCCAUGGGAUUGAAAUGACAAAGCGACCUUUUUUAUGGGCUGUGCGACCUGACCUUACAACUAUGGAUCCAAGCGAAGUUUUCUCAACGGAGUUCUUGAGGCGGGUACAAGGCAGGGGGCUUCUGGUCGCCUGGGCUCCUCAACUGCAAGUGUUGGGUCAUCCUUCCAUUGGGUGCUUUAUGUCGCACUGCGGGUGGAAUUCUACCAUGGAAGGGAUUAGGAACGGGAUGCGAUUUCUCUGUUGGCCUUACUUUACUGAUCAGUUUUUGAAUCAGAGUUAUAUUUGUGACAUAUGGAGGAUAGGGCUGAGGGUGAGGCCGAAUGAGGAGGAUGUGGAAGGUGAAUUGGGUAGGAGUGAGUUGGCUCUUAUCACGAGGAAGAUGAUUAGAGAGAGGGUGGAAGAGGUGAUGGAGGAUGAUGAGAUGCGAAAAAGGGCAUUGAUGUGGAAAGAGAGGGCUCUUAAAAGUGUGAGUGUAGGUGGGAGCUCUUAUGAGAAUUUUAAGAAGGUAGUGGAUAUCAUGAAAACUAGGACUUAAAAUUAAGUAUUAUUAUUAUUAUUCUUGUUAGAAGGAUUUAGAUAUAUAUGUAUUACUCAAAAUCUUCUUAUUUAUAUAUUCAUGAUCUGAGCUUUAUCAUUUAGUUACAUAA